AUGGCCAGCAAUUCGUGGUUCGAUGAAUUAGUAAAAUACGGAGUGCCACCAGAUAACAAGCUCACAAGUGAGCUUUGGAUUCGUCCAAAGAUGGCCAUCGGUCAUUAUACUCAAAUGGUGUGGGAAGGCUCAUACAAACUUGGCUGUGGUGUUGCAGUGUGUCCCGACAAGACACUUGUCGUUUGUCAGUACUCACCGCCUGGCAACUACAUUGGAGGUACAAUUUACACCAUCGGAGAUCUGUGUAAAUCCGACGGAGAUUGCAAAUGCGAUGGAUGCAAAUGUAGCCAAGACGAAGCGCUCUGCAUCAAGCCGAACUAG